GCUGUCAUCGUAUGAUACCCAUCUCGCUACCAAACUCUCCACACGCGGACUCGUUGGGCUUGCGCUCAGCCUAUGUAUCAUCACCCACGGAGUUCUACGCACUGUGUGCCGAUCAAUAUAAGAUAUCCAGCCGGAAAUAUGUAGGUCGAUACGCGACGGCAAGAAGGGGGCAUCUAGAGAGAAGUUAACGAAUUGACACUCCACGGAGCAUUUGAUUAUCAGCAGGCAACAUGUCUGAGGAUGACGAGUACGAAGGAUCGUACGCUUACGGCAACGACUCUUAUAUCGAGCCCGACUUUGACUGGGUCGUGAUUGACAUCUACGCCGUGGUAGCCAUCGUAGGGUUGCUGGGCAACGCAAGCAUCAUCGUAGUCAUCCUGCUCAAUCGAGAGCUCCGCAAGUCUCAAAUCAACGCCUUGAUCAUCCAGCUUGCCAUCGGAGACUUUCUCUUCCUGCUCCUGACGGUACCGAUCAAGAUCGAACACGAGAUCGACCCUUUCUGGCAGUUUGGUAGCGUCGCCUGUAAGAUCUAUCGGUUCGGUGAGACCCUUGCCGUUGGCGUGUGCGUCUACUCCAUCACUGCCUUCAGCGUGGGUCGAUUCUUGGGAAUCGUAAUGAAGAAAGGUGAGAGGAACUUCACCAAAGUGUUGAUACUCACUGAGUGGUUGACAGCCAUUGGUAUCGCCGUACCGACUCUCUUUAUAACCACCCUCGACCCGACCCCAUCAGGCCUCAACCAUUACUGUACCUUCCCUCACCAAACCACGGCUUCUCAGGUCUACGUUGUCUUCUGGGCCUGCUUCUUGUACGUCAUCCCACUGGGUCUUAUCGCCUACACCAACAUCUUAGUCAUCAUCAAGCUCGUACAGAGUACCAGAAAGUUCUCCGGGGAGCAGGUCAAUCGGUCGCUUCUCAAACAGUUCCGGAUUCGUCGUAACCGGGCGGCCAUGUUUAUCCUGAUCACGGUAUCCUUCGCUGUCUUCUGGAUGCCGUAUUUCGUAUUCCGCUUCUGGCAGAUCCUUGGCAGUGGUCCCGUGGUUGUUAACCCGGCCCGGGAUGCGCUGCGUCAAAUGCAUUACUAUGCUGCCAUCGCCAACUCGUGCUGCAAUCCGUUCGUUAUGUACAUGAUGAGCUCCAAGUACAGGAAGGCUCUGUUCUGCCGGUUGCCGUCCAAACACAACGCCGGAGUGGCCUCAGCGAAUUCGAUCAGGAGUGGCCGUUCCAGGACAACUCGAUUCAGUCUCUCUGUCAGGUACUAACGACAGGAAAAAUCGAGAAAGUUCCUAAUGCUGCCCCGACUUUUGGAAAUAAAACCUUUUCGUCGGAAUCUUUAACGGAGAGAUGAGUGUCUUGUUUGUGUACAUGAGAUUUGGAAAACAGAGAAAUGGACGAAUAUUUUGAUGGAAUGGAGCGACGAACUUUAAGUUCAAAGGAAAAGUAAAUCAGAAAUGGGAAGAACGCUUGGACCAUAAGUGGUGCAUCUUUCCCUCGUUGUUGAAAGCCAACCGAAAUGAACAAGACCAUCUUUAAUAUAAAAAGAAAUAAUAAUAAUAAUAAAUUUUACUAUCGUAAAUUAUACCAUAUUGGAGACACUUUAGCGCCAGAGUUAUUCCUUUAGAAAACAUGUGGAAUUAGGGAUUUCUCCCUAAUGCCUCAGCUCCUAUACAGAGGCAAACAUUAUUGUCGCCAACAGGAGAUCGAUUGCUCGUGGUCCAAUCGGUAACAACACCAAAAUUAGUGGGGGUAGGAUAAGGGAAAUUGGGGUAUAGGGGUCAGGAAAGUUGGACAAAAUUGUGCACAAGUCUAUGGGAAUGUCUCCUAACUAAAUGGUAUGUUUCGAUGAUAACAAUAAUAACAAUACAUAGUCGUCCUAUAAUAAUAAUAAUCGACAUUUAAGAACGAUCUUAUUAGUAAAUUAAAUCACCUCGCUCACAGUAUUAUUAUUACCCCUGAUCAUGGGGCCAAUUAAACAUUCCAAAUA